UACUAUAUAACAAAUAAUUUGAGCAACAACAUGGAUGCUAAAAAGCGAAGGGAAGGAGAAGAAUCUGCGGGCGCUCAAGGAAUGAAGUCGGCCACAUCGUACGUAUCCACGAUGGGUUCGGAGAAGAUGUCGGUUGUGUUCUCCAUCUCUCAUCAGCCCUCUGCUCUUGUCAAAGCACUCACUCCAUUCCAGCAAAACAGCAUAAACCUGACUCACAUAGAAUCUCGGCCGCUUGCGGAGGACGAGAAUAAGUACAAGUUCCUGUGCAACUUGGAGAUCUGUAAUGAGGACGACGAAAAGAGAUUUAAGAAAGCUAUCGGAGAGUUAAAAGAAAUGUCAGGUAACGACUGUGUAAAGGUUCUCUCCCGGCGAGAUAUUGACACGCAGGACUCAGAAGAAGUGCCCUGGUUCCCCAUUAAGAUAGCUGAACUGGACAGAUUCGCUUCUCAGAUUCUCAGUUACGGAUCAGAGCUGGAUUCUGACCAUCCAGGGUUCACUGACGAGAUCUACAGAAAGAGGAGGAAGAUGUUCGCUGACAUCGCCUUCAACUAUAAACACGGAGAACCAAUCCCUCACGUUGAGUAUAACGAAGCGGAGCUGGCAACUUGGCGGACUGUUUUUACAAAACUUUCUACUUUGUUUGAAACUCACGCAUGCAAAGAGUUUAGGAAGGUGUGGCCGCUGCUGGUACAGAACUGUAACUACAACAAAGACACCAUCCCCCAACUUCAACAAGUCUCCCAGUUCACCAAGGACUGUACCGGCUUCACUCUUCGUCCUGUAGCGGGUUUGCUAUCGUCACGUGACUUUUUAGCUGGCCUGGCUUUCAGGGUCUUCCAUAGUACCCAGUAUAUCAGACAUGGUGCUAAUCCUUUCUAUACGCCAGAACCGGAUGUAUGCCACGAGCUAAUCGGACACGUGCCCCUUUUUUGUGAUCCUGAGUUUGCUGCAUUCUCCCAGGAAAUAGGACUUGCCUCGCUAGGCGCCCCGGAUGAGUGGAUUGAGAAACUAGCGACCCUCUACUGGUUCACUAUAGAGUUCGGGGUCUGCAAGGAGGAGGGAGCUCUCAAGGCGUAUGGAGCAGGCUGCAUCUCCUCAAUCGAGGAGCUGGAGAAUUGUAUUUCCGACUCGUCCCAGAAAUUGCCGUUCGAACCUGAGAACAUUUGCACCACCAAGUAUCCCAUCACUACUAUCCAACCUGUUUACUUCGUAGCCCCUUCCUUCGCUGAAGCUAAACGCAAAGUCAGGGAGUUCUCUUCACAGAUCCCACGACCCUUCACGGUGCACUACAACCCUUACACGCAAUCCGUUCAACUCAUCAACAAACGAGCAAACUGCGUGAAAAUGAUAAGAGAUCUGGCUAACGAAAUGAAGACAUUGGAAGACGCUGUUAGAAAACUGGAGGAUUAGACGUUUAGGUGGAUUGUUACAUCACGCGUGACUGUUUCGAGUCGUCAUGGUGACGUCACGUGACUGUUUAGUGUUGCCAUGACGUCACGAUAGUGUUACGGAGACGGCAUAAACACGUUUUGAUGUGAACUGAACAGUCAUAUACACCACCAGUGAACUGUGACAGUUUUAUUUUAUAUCAGCUGUUCGUUUGGAACCUGCUGCUGACGUCCGGGCGAGAAUUUAAAAACACUUUUUGAUCGGUAAAAAGCUUUUACUAUUUAUUUAACCUCAGCUGCUAUAACAGUAUAAGUAGUACAACGGUAUAAGUAGUAUACUAUUUAAUUAUUACCACUUAAUAAUUAUAUACUAUGUUAUAAUUAUAGGUAUACAUAUUCAAGUGUUCCCAGAUACAUUUCAAUCAUUCUGAGCUAGAUGUAUUCUUAAUAACAGGUCAGUGCACUAUUAGAGGGUGAGAUGAACAAUUCAUUUUGUUUGGGGGCCAAUUUCAGGUCCAUUCCACCCCUAUCUACAGACCUGUUAGUAUUAUCUAUACCUUAGCAUUAUUUUUAGCUUGCAGGUUUAUAUUAUAUGCAGCUGUAUUUCCAUGGACGCUAUCUUAAGUGAACGUUCGCAUUAUUGAAGAGAUAUAUAUUAUAUAAAGUAAAUUAGUCUUACUAGUUAUAAGUUUAAUUGGAACUUAAUUGUUAAUGAUCUGUUAGUUACAUAAUAACCAUAAUUAAUUAAAAUUAGGUUUGUUACUUCAUAUUGCAUAUAAGUAUAACAGUUAGGUUUAAAUAUUAAGUAAAAUCAUAGGAACAGUUAUUGAAUAGGUUGAACUAGAAUCUAGAAUCUAGUUGUUAAUUUUAUACGAUGAAAAGUAAAAGUAAAACCACGUGAUUUAAAUCAGCUUAUUUUCAGAAUUAAUAAGUUAUCAAUUAUUAAAUAUUUUAGUGUGGAUACAGUGACAAUUUAUUUUCGGCUUCAA